CAUAAAUUAAAAUUAAAGAAACCAUCAUAAUUGCCGGGAACGUAAUAGUUCCAGUGAAUUUUGAAAAUUUAAAGCCGACAAAGCGAAAGGGGCGAGUAUUCGCUUAAACAAGAGCUUUCUGGUGGGGGAAGAAGCUCGGGUUAACAAGCAAAGUUUGCCUCGGUAAAAGUGGAACUCCAUAAUUUUAUUCUCAAAUUUCUGUUAUCUUAUAAUUAAGAAAAUUUUAAGCGAAUAUUAGACGUGCUAUAUAUACUUAAGUAAACAGCGGAUUUUUAGUUAAAUUUAUAUAACGACUCUAAAAGGGGCAAUUUUCUCGAUUAAGUGGAGCGGAAAAAAAUUUAAUCAGUCAAUCAAUUAUACGGUUAACACAUGAAAAAAUUUAAAGAGGAAAUGUUUAAGAGCGGACGCGUACGUAUAUAAUACAAGUAUAAUAAUAUUAAAUUAAAUAAAAAAAAAUGCAAAUAAUUCAAAACCCAAUUUAAAGCUAAGUCACAUCGCGUGAAAAGCUCACAUUUAAUGGAAAAUGCAUACUUUCUACUUGGCAGUAUUUUUAUUUUCUGUUACUAAUGGUUUUGGCCCACCGAAGGAUCCGCGAUCGAUUUUAAAAGUUACCAACGUAUACCUAUGUCCGAAUCACGAAAACGUUUUAAUAUUUGACAAAAGAUAUCUCGACAAUAUUGACGACGAUGGUUACAAGAAGUUCAGUGGUGAACUGGAGUUACCGUCCGAUUUUGAUGCGAGUUGGCAGUAUGAAUUAAAAGUUGACAGGAUGGAUGGCGGCGACUGGCAGGAAGACGUUUAUAACAGAGAGGGUCAGCUUUGCGAAGAUGUAGAGACCUACUUUGCAGAUGCCUGGAAAAAAGUUGGCAGCACCUUAGAUCCACCUUUUGAAUCAGAUUGCAGCGUUAAAGCGGGUGUGCAUAAAAUCACCGAUCUGCAAGUCUUAAAGGAAGAAUAUAAAAUUCCAAAUGUUAUGGUUGGGAGUGUAAGGGUAACUUUAAAGCUCUUUGAUACAUCAGGCGAUCAAGUGUUUUGUGGUGUAUUAGAAGGUCAAUAUGUAUAAUCAUAUGAUACUAGCAAUAUAGAAAUAUAGUAUUUGA